AGACUUUCUCAGAGACCAGGGGGCUGCCAGAGAGGUAACACCGUGUCGUUCGGCUCUCUGGCACAGGUAGUAAUUAUGUGGCUCUAGAUAUUUUUUACAAGGCCGAAUGAACGUUUUUGUCCACGCGGAGCCACCGGGUCACCUACCACCGGUGUUUCGGAGACGCAUUUUUGGAAAUGUGCUCUUAAAUUCACGCUAGCUGGCUGGUUAGCUUCCGGGAUAGCGUGUACUGAGUGUUUUACUCAUUGGCAUCGUCUGGCCUCAAAGCUCAGGCUAAAUUUACCCCUAAACUGUUAUCUCCGGGAUUUAUCCAGGUUAAGAAGCAGGGAAGAUGGAGCCCCGUUUCGGCAGUGCUAGCCCGCAAAGCGUCGCUUUCAAAAGCAGGCCCAAUGCGAUCCCCGGGCUUUCCUCGCUUAAUCUCCCCGACGUCAGCGGAAGGAGUUCGCACUGCAGGAAUCUGUUCUCCCCCGGACCAGCGACCGUGUUGUCUCCGGUCACCAAUUUGGCUCUGGACAUGAACAAUUUAGCAGGCCUUGGAAGCCAAUCUGAUACCCCGAAAAGGAGAAAUCAUCCCCCCCUGGAGAAGGUUCCUUCUUUCGCCUCAGACGUCUCAUCUGAUGCUGGCCUUGGCUUAGAUCUUCCUAGUCCUGUGGAUGGGGAAGUGGAAGACACGUUUGAAAAAGCCAUUCAGCAGUCACGGCGAGUUUUCAACGAGAAGAAGCCAAUUAGAAGAAUCAACUCAUUGCCACCCCAGCUCCUGGGCUUCAGUCCGGCUCUGAAAGGACAGGAGACGGAUUCCGAUCGCUACGGAAUAUUUGGCCAGCAGCCUCAACAAAUGAAGCCCUCCGUCUCUCAGUUUGACAACAAGGAGAACAUGCCAGAGGAGUUCUUUGAAUUCAAGAAACCAUCCAAGCCCGUGUCUCGGUGUCGCGGGCGUUCCUUCAACGGAGGACAUUUAAAGGACGCCUUCGCCGCCCGUCCUAGCUCCGCUCCAGCUCUCAUGCUCUCUUCACCUCCGCCAAUCCAGCAGCUUGAAUACGAUUCAAGCCCCGUUUUCCUGAGGCGCUCCUCCCUGACCUCCUCUCUGAACGACGACGAAGACGACGGCUUUUUGGAUUAUGACAACAUGGCGGAUGAUUCUGGGAUGCCAACAGGAAUGGUGAGCUUGCUCACUGCGCCACUUGUGGCUGACAAUACAGGAGAGGACUCUCCCAUCGUCCGGUGUCGGCCACGGAACUUGUUUCGGUCGCCCUCCAUGCCCAGCCCGGUGUCCCGCCCCGCCGUGAAGCGUCCCGACUGCCCUGCCGAUGAAAACACUCCUGUGAGGGUGAAGAGGCGGCGGAGCGUCGCGGGAACACCUUUAACCAAGCUGGACCAAAGUCCAGAAUCUCCAAGAACGAGUUGUUCGCUGCUCCAACGGUCCAAGUCCUUCUGUCACGCAGAGAUCGAGAAGCUUCUGGACAAGUCGGACGGCUCCAAUGAGCUGAUCGGAGACUUCACUAAGCCUUUCGUUCUUCCAACGGUGGACGGAAAACAUCAAGACCUCAAGUACAUUACCUCAGAAAUGAUGGUGGCAGCUCUCACCGGCCAGUUUGAUCACCUCGUAGAUCAGGUCAUCGUCAUAGACUGCCGCUACCCCUACGAGUUUGAAGGCGGACACAUCAAGGGGGCUUUGAACCUGCACCAAGAAGACCAAGUGGAGGAUUUCCUCUUCAAGACCCCCAUCAUCCCCUCCUCCACAGAGAAGCGAGUUGUCAUUGUCUUCCACUGCGAGUUCUCGUCGGAGCGCGGCCCUCGAAUGUGCCGCUUCGUCAGGGAACGGGACCGCGCCGUCAACGUGUAUCCCAAUCUCCACUACCCCGAGCUUUACAUCCUCAAGGGCGGAUACAAAGACUUCUUCCCUUUUUUCCAGACCCAGUGUGAGCCCCAGUCCUACCGGCCGAUGCACCACGAAGACUUCAAGGACGACCUGAGGAAAUUCCGCCUGAAAAGUCGCACCUGGGCCGGAGAGCGCAGCAAGCGGGACAUGUACUGCCGCCUGAAGAAAUGGUGACGACCAGCUCCUCUCAUCCUCCUCCCCUACCUGCCUCCCCGUACAAAUGGACUCAGCAGGCCCUCCCCAUGCAGCCCACCUACUAGAAAGGCCUUUUUGGAUAACACCAACAGAAAGGGGCUUUUUUUUUUUUCUUCUUUUAUUUCUCCCCCUUUUUUUAAAUUUUUUUUUUUUUAGCAAAUCCCCCUAGUUUUGUUUACGUAUUUAUGCUCCAUUUCCAGAUGGGGAAAGACUUGAAAGGAAAGAAGCUUCCUCCUUCACAGAAUGCUGACGUUCUGCAAAGUGACUGUUUUAAGAAAACCACUUGGACCUAUUGCUCAUGUUUACCUGUUUGUUUUUCUUUUUAUAUAUAUAUGUAUAUAUAUAUAUAUAUAAUUUUGAUUGAUCUGGAAGCACAAAUCAGUGACAUUGCAAUAAUACAACUGAACCAAAUGAUAAAUCACGUCUUUUAUUAUUAUUAUUUUCCCUGCCAUUUUAAGCACUUGAUUUUAACACCAUGAGGUGCUUUUCUUUCUACUCCUUUGUAAUGUAUAUUGUUUUUACGAUUUGGGCCCCGAUUUUUUAUUUUUUAUUUUUUUUUUCGAUAUCAUUGUAGUACCUUUUUCAGGAUUUCCAAAAAAUGCUAAUUAGAUUUUGUAGUGGCAUGCAAAAAAAAGAUGAAGUCAGAUGUUUUCUCUCCUCUCCUUCCUGACCAAUUGCAAUACUUGUUCAUUUCUCUCAGUGAAAAUACCAAAGCAAACCAAACUACCUGUUAACUGCACUGUUCAAGUUUUUUCUUAUGCUGCAGGUCGGCAAGAGUGAAAAGAUCUUUGAUUUAUCUCUUUUUUUUUUCUUUGCUGUGACUUCUUAAUUUUCAAAGAUAAAACGGUCUUUGCCCCGUUUCUGAACCUGUGUGAGUGUCAGUAGGGGGGCUUCAGUAUUUUGGUGCAGGCUUGUGGUGGAGCUGCUGAAAUAAAGAUUCUAUAUGAAUUCA